CUCUGUCCGUCACCAAAUUAUGCACUCUAUUUGUGAGUCUGUUUUUGAUUAGUUUGUUCUUUUUGUUCCUUAGAUACCGCAUAUAAGUAACUUCCAAAUUCUUAACCUCUGACUGCCUAAGGUACCUUGGUACCCUAUAGACAUCUUAAAUGAAGCACAUUUAUUACUAAAUUUAUCACACACAACACAUCCUUCUUACCUUUAAAGCAUGUUCUGCUUUCUCUAUCAUAAAUGGUUUAACAAUUUCCCAAGCAAAAACUUUGGGUAUUAAUUCUUCCUUCCCCACCAUUUAUAUCCUACCGAUAUUAUCUGUUACAUCUGCUUUAGAAAUAUAUCUUGAAUCAGGUCCUCUUUCUCUACCAAAGUAUCUACAAACUUGGCUCACUUUCUCAUUGAAACAUUCAAACUAUUUCAUGGCCCCUUAUUAAACUUCUCACUUUUCUUUCUUAGGUUUAUCCUGUACACUGUCACAUGAAUGUGUGCUGAUUCCUCCAAAUUUCUCAGCAGUCCCUUUAUGAUCAGGGAGAUAAGGUUGGAAAGAUAAUUCUGUUCAACUACAUGAGGUAUCCAGGCUCAGUGGGACAGAAGAGACUAGGAUCAAAAGGACUUCUCCUUGUCUGACCCUACUAAAAGAGGAGAGGUCAUCAGGACCUGGACCACCAACGGAGUAAAAAGGAUAACCUUUAUCAGAAAGGAUGGAGCUGGGAAAAGGAAAACUUCUCAGGACUGGGCUGAAUGCAUUGUAUCAAGCAAUACACCCAGUUCACGGCCUUGCCUGGACCAAUGGGAAUCAAGUAGUCCUGACUAAUGUUCAGCUUCAGAGUGGAAAGGCCAAGUUUGGGGACUCAAAGGUCAUCGGACAUUUUGAACACGUAUAUGGGGUAUCCUGGGCCCCACCUGGUUCGGCCGACAGGCCCGCUCUACUUGCUGUCCAACACAAGCAGCAUGUCACUGUGUGGCAGCUGUGUCUCAGUACUACAGAGACAAGCACAUGGUUGAUGUCUCAGACCUGUGAGAUUAGAGAAUCAUCCCCUGUCCUUCCCCAAGGCUGCGUAUGGCACCCAAAAAGUGCUGUCCUGACUGUGUUGACUGCACAGGAUGUUUCCAUUUUCCAUGAUGUUCACUGUGACAGUUCCCGGGUGAGAGUGGACAGCAACACCCAAGGUCUUAUUCACUGUGCGUGUUGGACUCGGGAUGGCCAGAGGCUGGUGGUGGCAGUAGGCAGCAGCCUGCAUUCUUAUAUUUGGGACAGUGCUCAGAAGACUCUUCAUCGGUGCUCCUUCUGCUCAGUAUUUGAUGUGGACAGCUACGUGCGCUCCAUUGGAGCCACUGUGGACUCACAGGUCGCCGUAGCCACUGAACUUCCACUAGAUAAAAUUUGUGGCUUAAAUGCUUCUGAAACACUGAUUGUUCCACCUAGUAUUGAAGACACUUCUCUGUAUGCUUCACCGGUUAUUGAUGAAGUGCCCUCUGUGGAGAAAGGGGUAACCCCUUGUGAAACAAAUUCUGAAGCAUCAGUUUCUCCCUUUUCUUCUUCCUGUUCAGAUCCUCUGGAUCUAACUCAUAUACAUUUCAGUAGAUCUGCGUCUGAGAGCAGUGCUCUUAUUUGUCUAAGAAAAAAGGACGACUGGACUCGAACUGGUCUGGAUUCUUCACAUUUGGUCCUUGUGACCUUUGAGAAAGAGGUUACUCAGACCAGAAAAGUCACCAUUCCAGGCAUUCUUGUUCCUGAUCUAAUAGCGUUUAAUCUUAAAGCACAGGUCGUGGCAGUGGCUUCCAAUACUUGUAAUGUAAUUUUUAUCUAUUCUAUCAUUCCAUCAUUUAUGCCAAACAUCCAGAAAAUUCAGUUAGAGAGUAGUGAAAGACCAAAAGGCUUAUGUUUCUUGACAGAUAAAUUAUUAUUAAUUUUGCUAGGAAAACAAAAAUCCACUGAUUCCACGUUUCUUCCUUCUUCAAAGUCUGAUGAGUACGUCAUUCGCUUGAUUGUUAGAGAAAUAAUGUUGGAAGAGGAAUGUCCAGUAACACCAAGUGAAAACCAGAGUGGCUACUCUACUUUCAGUACCCUGUUAAAUAAAGCAGAGAGAAAAACACUAAUUGAAAGUCUUUCCCCAGAUAUUUGUUACCAAAACAGAGGGUUCUUGUUCACAGCUAAUAGCAGUGGUCGAAGAGGAAGGCCUGGAAGUGCCCUUAUUAAAGAAAUCAAAAGCCCUCCAUCCAGUGUCCGUAAUUGCCCCAUAGCCCUGGAAACUCAAGAUGCUGCCCCUGUUAACCAGUCAGUAACGCUGCCCACACCCAGCAGCAGACCAGACCUCACCAGCACCCCAGGACCUCCUAAUUUCCUUCAAAGAAAUAACUUAGAAAGGGAAAAGGAAACUUGCCAGCUAUCUAAGGAACUAGAAGUUUUAUCUAAGAACCUGACUGAAGUCCAGCGAUGUCUUUCUAAACUCACAGACUUCCUAUAUAAUGGAAAGAAAUCCUCUCCAGUGUAUCCACUCUCUCAGGAUCUGCCUUAUGUCCACAUCACUUACCAGAAACCUUAUUUUGUAGGUUCUGUUGUUGAGAAAAGAGACGUGCUUCUCUGCAAUGGCAAACUAAGGCUCGAUACAGUUCAGCAGACCUUUGGCCUCUGUCUUAUUGAAAUGCUGCAUGACUCGCGCUGGAUCCUUCUCUCUGCUGAUAGUGAAGGCUUCAUCCCGUUAACUUUCACAGCCACACAGGAAAUAAUCAUAAGAGAUGGCAGAGUCUCUGUCUUAGAGUCUUGAUUCUGCUCCUUGUCUCUAAGUCUUUCAAGUCCUUACUGCCCAAAGUUAGAUACCGCUUUUUGUUCUAACGACUUAGGUAGUAUGGCCUGAUAUUGUUCUGUAGAGUAUUUGCUGUGUAGCUUUUCAGGUGAGGCUGUUACAAAUGAGAUCUGUUUUCCACUGUGGACUCUCCCCAGCUGAGAUUCACACUGGAGCACAGAGGUGAAGCACUUUCCAGGCUGGCUCGGCCACUUCUCCCCCAGGCUGUAGCAGAUCCAGGUCUUGGCUAGAUGGCUCAGGGUGGUUGUGUGUUCAUGGCUGCGUGGUUUUGUCUAAGGGCAGAAUUCCCUCAACGAAACAAUACUGCAGUGCCAUAUGGAUUGUGUUUUAUGGUUUCUCUGAGGCUUUCUGUCCCUUGCUCAAAGCUGUCUUAGAAACACUUAUAAGGUACCUCAGCAAUGUAUGUAGAUCUUUCUCUUGGCUUAAAGAGCAGGGUGAAGAGUGCUGGCGAACCUACACUCCAACAUAUGCUUUUGACCCUAAACCAGCAGAAAUCCACAGAGCUCAAAGGAAGACAAAAAGACGAAUGGCUUCUGUGCUCCCCGCCUCACCCCC